AUGGAAGCAUUAGUACGAGAGAAUAUACGCAAAUUAGAAGUGAAAUUAAAGCCGCUGCUUCACGAGGGGCCGUUGGCUCCUUAUUUAAAUACACUUGAACAAAAAACAAAAGUUAAACGUGAACAACUUGCGUUGGGAUUUUUUGGCAUUGUUUGCAUCUAUCUUAUGCUCGGCUCCGCAGCAGAUUUUGUAUGUAACUUUCUUGGUUUUGUGUAUCCUGCGUACGCCUCAGUGAUAGCUAUUGAAUCACCUCAACACCAGGAUGAUACUGAGUGGCUAAUAUAUUGGGUUGUUUAUGGCACUUUUGGUUUUGCGGAAUAUUUUGGUCAUCAUUUCUUUCAUUCACUUUGGCUUUAUUGGUUAUUAAAAUGCGGAUUUCUUGUAUGGCUCAUGGUUCCCGGUCAAAAAGGCGGUUCAUUCGUAUUAUAUCAUCGAUUUAUUCGUUCGUUCGUUUUGAAACAUCGACCAGUAGUAGAAAAGUAUAUGAAAGUCGACAUGCGUUAUGAACAAAUUCAACACUUGAGAUGGGAAGGAAGAAAAUUUUAA